CUUUUCUCUCUGUCUGUCUCUUUUUAGCCGUCUCUGCCUCUACCUUUUUGUCUAUCUCUGCCCAUGUCUCACCAUUCCUGUCUCGUCUCAUAUCACCCCUUCCCUCUCUCUCCCCUCUUUCUCCUUAUUUCUGCUCUGUGUUCAUAUCUCUCUUCUUUGUCUCUCUCAGUGUACCCGUCUGUGGGUGUCUCUGAAUCUUCCUGUGUUCUCUCCAUCUUUUUCUCUGUCUCUUUUUCAUUCCCAAACCCUCUCCCCAGUUCUGCCCAGUUCUGUUUCCCUCUAUGUCUCUGUCUGUGCCUCCCUGUUGUUCCGCCUCUGUAUGUCUGUCUCUGACUCUCUUUCCCCUCUGGCUUCCUGCCUACCUUAUCCACUCUCUCCCUGGGUGAGCGUCUCUCAGGUCCUCUCAUGAUGUCUCCAUCUGUCCAGUUCUCUCUCUCUGUCUCUGCCCCUCAGGAUUCCUGCUGCCUAUUCUCUCUCUCUGGCUCUGGCUCCCUGAGACUCUGAACCCAGAGGCUCAGGAAGCACCUGGGAAGGGAAGGAAGAGGUCUGGGGGCGGAAUGGUCAGGCCAGUGACACCUCUGUUCUCUGAUAGGACCAGGAUCCCCCAACAUGGACUGGAUCGGGACGGGACUGCUUCUACUGCUGCUGGGUAUCACCUGCCUGCUGUUGGCCAAGGCAGCUCACAAAACCAAGGGUCGUCUGCCUCCCGGCCCCAGACCCCUGCCGCUGCUCGGCAACUUGCUACAGCUCCGAUCUAGAGACAUGGUGACUUCACUCACCAAGCUGAGUCAGGAGUAUGGUCCUAUAUUCACUGUGCACCUAGGCAGCCGGCCUGUUGUUGUCCUAAGUGGGUAUGACACGGUCAAGGAGGCUCUGGUGGACAAGGCCGAAGAAUUCUCAGGACGUGGGGAGUACCCCGUAUUUUAUGACUUCACCAAGGGCAAUGGUAUUGCCUUCUCCAAUGGAGAAAAGUGGAAAGUGUUGAGGCGAUUUUCCAUCCAGAUCCUUCGCAAUUUCGGCAUGGGAAAGAAAAGCCUUGAGGAACGCAUCCUGGAAGAGGAAGCCUUCCUUCUGGAGGAACUGAAAAAAACUGAAGGUGCCCCUUUCGAUCCCACCUUCGUGCUCAGCCGCUCCGUAUCCAACAUCAUCUGCUCAGUCGUCUUCGGUAGCCGCUUUGACUAUGAGGAUGAGCGUCUGCUCAAGCUUGUCCAUCUCAUCAAUGAAAACUUUAAAAUCAUGAGCAGCCCCUGGGGAGAGAUAUACAACAUCUUCCCUGGUCUCCUACAAUGGAUCCCGGGCCCCCACCGCAGCCUCUUUCAGAACUUUGGGAGCAUGAAGACCCUCAUCGACCGCAUCAUCCAUGAGCACCAGACCAACCUAGACUCUACCAGCCCUUCUGACUUUAUUGACUGCUUUCUUAUCAAGAUGGCUGAGGAAGCCAAGAGCCCACACAGCUACUUCCACAUGGAGACGCUGGUGAAGACAACGUUCAUCCUCAUCUUCGGUGGCACAGAGACAGUGGGCACAACACUGCGCCACAGCUUCCUACUUCUCAUGAAGUAUCCUCAGAUUCAGGCCCGGGUACAGGAGGAGAUUGACCGCGUGGUGGGGCGGGGGCGGCGGCCCACCCUGGAGGACCGCUCGUCUAUGUCCUACACGGACGCCGUCAUCCAUGAGGUGCAGCGCUUUGCGGACAUCAUCCCCAUGAACUUGCCGCACCGGCUUACCCGCGACACACUCUUUCGAGGCUUCCUGCUGCCCCAGGGCACUGAUAUCAUCACCCUCCUCAACACGGUUCACUACGACCCCAGUCAGUUCAAGACACCUAAUGAGUUCAACCCUGCCCACUUCCUGGACUCCAAGGAGGAAUUCAAGAAGAGCCCAGCCUUCAUGCCCUUCUCUGCUGGUCGACGUCUGUGCCUAGGGGAGCCCCUGGCCCGCAUGGAGCUGUUCCUUUAUCUCACUGGGAUUCUGCAGAACUUCACACUACAGCCGCUGUGCUCCCCGGAGGAGAUUGACUUGACUCCCCUCAGCUCUGGCUUGGGCAAUGUGCCUAGACCUUUCCAGCUCCGAAUGGUGCCCCGAUAAGCCCAGGCUUCUAACUGGCUGGCCAGAGACCAUUCACUGGUCAAUCGCACACUGGCCAGAGACCACUCACUGUUCCAAUGGCUCUCAUUUUGGCCCUCAGCCUUGUCCCUCUCUGUUUUUCAAUUUCCCCUCUUACAUCCGUUAAUAUAUCCCAGUCUGUCCCCUUCUUCAGUCUUUACCGUCCCUCGUGUGCUUCUCUCCUCAGUUUUCUUCUGUUUCUCUUACACGAACACUCUCGCCCUCUCUUCCACCUUUCUCCUUCUCCUUCUUCUCCCUCUUCCUUUCUCUCUGGCUCCGUUUGUCUGUCUCUUUCUGUCUCUCUUUCUCUCUACCUGUUAUCAAGUCCCUCUUCGCAUGCAUAUUGCCCUUCUGACCCUGGGAAAGUUAUUUAACCUCCCAAGGGCCCUCAGCCAACUCUCUAAAGACCAUGAGACAAAGAGCAGGUGCUGAUCUGCCUUGCUAAAGGAAGUUUUCUCCACAGAGGAUGAAAUCCCAAGCCCUGUCAAAAAAAGAAAAGAACUAGCUGGAGAGCAUCCCAAGAAAGGCAGCCCAACCAGGGAAGGGCCUCGAGAUUGUGUCAUAUUAGGAGCAACUCACCUUAUUGAGUCUGGAACAGAGAAGGCUUAGGAGUAACAAAAGAGCAUUUAACUUGUGGCAGAGGGAUGGCUUAUUCUGUUUAGCCCUGGGGGCAGGACUCAGAGUCCCUGGUAAAUGUUGCAAAGAAGUCAAUUUAGACUUGACAGCAGAAGAAAAAGUCCCCGGCCCGAUGGAUUCACAAGUGAACUCUAUCAGACAUUUAAAGAACAACUAAU